AUGCGUUUCUCACGGGCAUUCACACUCCUUGCAGUUGUUACUGGAGUGCUCUCCUACGGGGUCGAGCUGCCGGCCGGCGUUCCCAGAUCUUUGGAAGAGUUCCGUGAUAAGCACCCCUACACGCCCCCUUCCCAUGGGUGUGGUCGUAAGACUAUCCAGAUUCGUGCAUCCCGUAAUGCCACAGAUGAUGUGUCGGAGGACUUCAAGAGGGGUCUUGAAGAGGCCAAUAACGGCGGCACUCUGUAUCUGCCCAAGGGUAAAAUGUUCGUCAUCGCGAAGGCUCUCGACCUGACCUUCCUCAACGAUGUUCAUGUUCGGUUGGAGGGUGAGAUCAAGUUUACGGAUGAUGUCAAGUACUGGCAGAACCCUGAUAACAAAUACCUUCGACCUAUUCUUUUCUACGUUGAGAACACCACCAACUUGGAAGUCGAGGGCAUUCAUAUGAAGGAUGCUCCUUGCUGGACCAACUUCAUUGUCGGUUCGAGCAACAUCGAGUAUAGAGAUGUAAUUGCCACAGCCAUCACCAAUAACGGGAGCAUAAUUCCUAAGAACACCGACUUCUUCGACUCUUUAGACGUCCAGGACGUCAAAAUUGAGCGCGUAUGGGUAAACAUUGACGAUGACUGCUUCUCUCCUAAGUCGAACAACACGAACCUCUACGUAAACACCAUGUACUGCAACGGUACUCACGGCCAGUCCAUUGGAUCUCUGGGUCAAUACCCUGGUGAAAUGUCGUUCGUAAAAGAUGUCCACGUUGAGAAUGUUUGGAUGUUGAACGGUGAUUAUUCCGGCGCCCGUAUCAAGACUUGGGCUGGCCCUAACGUUGGCUACGGCUUUGUCGACAACAUUACGUACAAGUGA